ACGCCAAACCCAUGCCAUACCUGCCGGUUGUACCAUCUCUCUCCUGAGUAGCGGAAUAACUGGAUAGUCUGAGCAAAAUAAGGUGAAUGACUGGGAGUAUUUAGGGACGAGUGGAAAUUCGUCCUGUCUUGGCUUGAGGGUUAAACAAGUAGCUGAAUAUGUUUGGUAAAAAGAAACGGCCACCGGUGGCUAAGGGGUCAGGUGCUGCUGCAGCAAAACAGAUGGGUUUAUUUUUAGACUUCAACCCAGAGGACAUGAUUGGUAUGGAUCAAAACCUGGAUGACCAAGACCUGGAGGCUGAAUUAGCUGCCAUCACAGGGACAACAACCACUGGUGGUGACAGGUCAAAACAGAAGGUUAAGACUCCCCUACCAAUGGAGGACAUAGCGAGAAUGGCAGAGGAGUGUAUGAAAGACUAUGAGGAUGAGGACGAUGAAGAUCUGGAGGAUGAUGAAGAUUUACUGGCUGAGCUACAGGAUGUUGUGGGUGUGGAGGAAGUUGAGGAUGCCGUUACCCCAACCUCUACUGCCUCUGCUGAAACACCAGAAUCACCACUGCAGGUGCAAACAACAGGGGUCCCUUCAACCCCAGGAAGUCUCCAACACACCCUGGAGGAAAGAGUGGCCAUGUAUAAGACUUCCCUGAGCAACGCCAAGGCCUCAGGGGAGUCGUCUAAAGCUAGGAGAUACGACAGGGGCUUAAAGACCCUGGAGUCCAUGCUGGCCUCAGUUAAAAAAGGGGGAAAGGUUGACGAGGCAGAAAUCCCUCCACCUUUAGCCUGCAGUGGCCCAGGUGCACCCUCCAGACCCCCUGUCCCUCCACGGCCCUCAGCUCUGGUCACAGCAGACCCCGAGUCCACACCUCCACAGCAACAGGUGGCGCCAGAGGCUGGUGUUGCAACGCCAUCUGUUUCACCCGAGGUUGAACCCAGCAGUGAGGAGAAGCAGUUGUCCAAUGCCUCCCUGGUUACUGUGGGCAGCCAGCCCACUUCAGAGGAGAACACUGGUCAGGCCCACUCACCCGUUGGAGACACAACCAAGGAAAUGCUUGUGGAACGUCAGAGAGAGUAUAGGAUGGCUGCUCUAAGAGCAAAGCAGCAAGGGGACAUUGAGCAAGCCAAGCUGUACAUAAGGACCGGCAAGAGGUUUGAUGCGGUGAUCGAAGCCCUGGAGAAGGGCCAAGGUGUCGACCUGAGCGGCCUGCCUCCCUCCCCGGCGGAGGGAAAGAGCCCCGCAACACCUGCCCCAGUGAAGCAACCCUCCCCUGGGCCAACUGCUAAUUCCACCCCCCCUGCAUCAACACCAACAGCCGUCUCCAGCCCCACCCAGCCCAGGGAUGUCCUGGAGGCUCUGGAGCAGAGGAUGGCCAGGUACCAGGAAGCCUGCGCCCAGGCCAAGGCCAGCGGGGACGAGCGGAAGGCCCGCAUGCACGACCGCAUCGCCAAGCAAUACCAGAGUGCCAUAAGAGCCCACAAAGCAGGAAAAGCUGUGAACUUUGAGGAGCUUCCCGUCCCCCCAGGCUUUCCUCCCAUCCCUGGCCAGAAGGGGGCAGAACCUGAGCAGGGAUUUGCUGCUGUGCUCGAGGCCGCCAAUAAGCUGGCAUCCACAGAAGCUGCUGAGAUGGGGGAGGAAGAGGGAGAUGAAGGGGCGGAGAAAGAACCAGAGGAGACUGCUGUUCCAGACAAGCCAAAGAAGCCUAUGUUGGCCGUGCCCCCCACAGCACAAGGCCCCGGGAGGACCCCCUCCCCAGAAAGAACCUCCAAGCUGGAUGGCCUCUCUCCCACUGCGGUUCAGCAGCUGGACUUCCUGGAGGGCCGCAGGAAGCAGUACAUGAAGGCGGCCCUGCAGGCCAAACAGAAGAACGACAUGGAUCAGGCCAGGCAGCUUCUGCGCACUGCCAAGGGCUUUGAGCCCAUGAUCGAGGCAACUCGUAGUGGCAAGACUGUGGACAUCAGCAAGGUGCCAUCGCCCCCUGGUGACGAAGACGAGGACUUCAUCCUGGUGCACCACAGUGACGUCCAGAUCUCGGAGAAGGCCGAGGAGGUCUACACUCAACUGGCCAAGAUCUUGAAGGAGCAGUAUGAGAAAUGCAUGACUUACUCCAAGCAGUUCACCCACCUGGGUAACAUCACAGAGACAACCAAGUUCGAGAAGAUGGCUGCCAGCUGUAAAAAGAAUCUGGAGAUUCUGAAGUUGUCUCAGUCCAAAGGCCUGGAUCCUCCCAAACAUCAUUUUGAAGAGAGGACAUACCACACUGUCCGGAUCUUCCCAGAUCUGAGCAGCACUGAGAUGGUGGUGGUCAUCGUUGGGGCGAUGAAUCUACCUGCUCCCGCAGGUAUACAAACAAAUGACCUGGAUGCCUAUGUCAAGUUUGACUUUCCAUACCCCAGUACGGAGCAACCCCAGAAACACAAAACGUCUGUCAUCAAGAACACUAACUCACCAGAGUACAACCAGAGCUUCACGUUAAACAUCAACCGCAACCACAGAGGCUUCAGGAGAGUGCUGCAGUCCAAAGGGCUCAAACUGGAGGUGCUGCACAAAGGGGGCUUCCUGCGCAGCGACAAGCCUGUCGGGACGGCCCAGGUGAAGCUGGAGAAGCUGGAGACUCAGAGUGAAAUCAGGGAGAUUGUGGAGGUAAUGGACGGUCGUAAGUCCACAGGGGGUCGUGUGGAGGUAAGGGUCCGUCUGAGGGAGCCUCUGAGUGGACAGGACCUUCAGACCACCACAGAACGCUGGCUAGUCCUAGACCAGUCUCAGGUUCUUCUCUAAGUGAUACUGCUGCAACUGGGACGUAAUCUCUAACUGGAUGAAGAGAGAAGGAGUACAAGAGGAAGAGAGUAAUGAAAGUGAUGGUCUGAUGUCAUGGCUAGCAUGUUGAAUCCUCCUGUUUCUGGCUUCUUGACACAGACCAACACAGGUCUUUUACUUUGAAAAUGUUUGCACACUGAAAUACACAAAGCCCCCCCCCCCUCCCAACCUGAUACUGCUGCCCAUAGUUUAUAUAUAAUGGCAUCUAUGCACUAAUACCAAAGUAAUCACUGUUGCUGUAAGAUCCUGCAUAUUUUAAAUGGCUUAAGCUGCCAAACAGGUUAUGCUAAAGAAGGAUGUGAGAUUCUUCUUUUCAAUGUUGUUCCCAGGACUGGUAUUGCUUUCCUCCAGGAGCAUAUCCACAGUGCUUUCAAAACAGCAAAAUGGCAGGUGCUCAGGCAAGAGCUUAGUACCUUUACAGAUGUGUAGUAUCGUUUGUUUACUCAAACAAGCAACUCACUAACUGACACAACUUAAAAGGUAAUAUAGUAGCUGAAUUGUACUUAUGUGGCACUUGGCACUUUGGAUUCAACAGAUGUUUGUGCUCAAUGUUGUGCUCCAGAUGGACUCAUGACAUGUUACUAAACUGCACAUUUAAAAAAUGUAUCUUUUGGUUGUGUUUUCUUUGAACAAACUAAUGGGUUUAUGCACUGUACAGCAACAAGUUGUAUACAUUGGAAUCAUAGUAGUAUAUGGAAUCAGGAAUAUAUGAUGGUAUGAUUGGAAUUAUAGUAUAUCUAACCUUAUCUUGAGAAUUCAUUUGUUUGUGCAAAUUCAGAUUUGGAAAUCAAAAUUUCAUAAGCCAUAAUAUUUAUCAAAAUGUCUGAGCCAAGUAAUUAUUUUCUUUACUGAUAUACCUCAUCAGAAACUUGCUAACUCAUGAUACUGUGUUAAAAGUGUGGUCUUACAUUUCCCUUGUUUUGCAUCUUUGACUGUUCAGACAUCAGUUAAGUUAUCCUUCUACCCCUCUUCGUUUGAAAGUAUAUGACUUUCAAUGUUUCUUCCAUAAGAAUUUUGCCUAAAAGUCUGUGUAGGUAUUCAAGAAUGUUAGUGUAGUAUUGUUCUUCAGGCUACUCAGUAGAAUGAAACCAUUAGACAGUAAAUGGGUAAUCUUUUCUUUCAGUUUGCCUCUUCACGUGUCUGAAUUUCUUCUCUCAACUAAAGGCAAUGGGUACUUUUUUUCUUUUACCCUGAAUAAACUUUCUACCGGUCUAUUCUAUAGAUAACGUAAUGCUGCUUCCAUCAUCACCUGUUAACAUAAUAACAGCAGCAAAAAAGCAGAAUUUUCUAUAAGUUUUAUUAUACAUAUACUACAGUUUUUGAUAAAGACUGCUUUUAUUGACAUUUGUAGUGUACAAUAAAGAAAAGAUGUACAGGGUUUUUGGCUUUUCAUUCAUAUAAUUUCUUCAUUGAUGUUGAUGUAAAAUAAAAACUAUUUACUUGAAACUCAACUUUCAGGAUUAUAUGAAUGGAUAUUUGAUUGGAAUGGAUCCACAGAACACAAAUAGUGAGAUAAUUUAGCUCUCCAUAAUCGCAAGUUCAUUUGUUUCUAUAAGCAUGCAGUGUUCAGAGUUCUGGCAAUGUCCUUAAUCAUUGAAUCAAAAGCUACUACCAAGAAAACAAUUGCACCUUUUGGAUAUAGGGUAUUGCACACUUACCAAAAUAAUUUAUGGAAAACCACAUUUGACCUUUAGGAAAUUUACCUGGAGGAAAAAUAAGACUUGAGAUUUCUCUUCUUGAAGUCACAGGUUUAUAGCCAUAUUCACAAUAUCAUAAAUGUCCACUGACUUACAUAGAGGGCAGUAGUGGAGACACUGAUAUGACAUGUAAAACACAACUCAGGCAGAGAACUGGAGAAUAUUAGAUAUUUCUAUUACCAGUCAUCUACGUUUCCUUAAACCCAGGUCAUAACACUGAAAUGUUUGAUAAAUGCCUUUCAUGAUGGCUACUCUAUACAGCAAUUAAAGGCGUUACCAAAAGACAUCCUCAAUGCAUUGGGUCUUAAGCAGAUUUUUUACGUGAUGAUUGUCUUUUUGUCUUGGUGCACCCAAUUAUGUGGGUGUACUGGCUGUCUGGUGUAAUGAUAAGGUAUAAAGUAUUGUUUAGUUUAAAAUGCCGGACACAACCAGAAUAAUAAUACAUAUUAUAGAAUAUGCACUGAUUUGUAACCUUUGAAUUCAGUUUUAUGAAUUAACUUGAAGAUGGGAGAUAUUAAACGUUUCACAAAUGUCAGAUGUGUUAAAUAUAUGUUCCAUACAUGGUUUCUGCUUAUUUGCCAAUUAGCAACAAUAAUCCACAAAUCUGUAAAAACAAACACAAAAAAAUUACGCAGAAAUACUGCUUUUUUCAGCAACAGGAGAAAUACAUUCUUGUCUUUUCAAAGGGUGGGGCCCUGAAAGAUCUUUGAGCCAGAGGUUGAAAUGAUAUUUUAGUAGCUAUAUUUAAACACAUUGUAGACACUCACAAGUUAAAUCAGGAUUUACUUUUUAUGAACAAGGGUCUCAAUUUAUAUCUGUAGUUAAACUUCUGAUUGCUUCAGGCACUGUGGCUGCCCCCUACUCCAGUCUGUCUGGUGGUUUUUGUGUCAUUCUCCUGUAAAUGGCUUAGAAUCCAGUGCACUGCUUCUGCAUUUUUUACAGUUCUGUAUUCUGCAUGUCAGUUCAAUAAUGUUUGUCAAAUCUGUCACAUCAGAUCAUUUUAAAACUGCCGUUACGUCCCACACGUCUGUGCACACCAUACUAAACCAGGGAUCCCGAUGCUUCCAGGGCAGUGGAAGCUGAGGGAGAAGCAUGUUGGUGUGAAUGACAGCUUCCUCUGUUUUUGUCAUUGAAAGAGGAUCUCGGAUGGGGCUUAUGAAUGGUGUUGAAAAUACCUUUGUCAUCCUUGAGGUCCAUUUCUUCUUUUUAUAUAUAUUUGUAAGUAAAGCAUCAAAACCUUUUUUUUUUUUUUU